AUGGAGUUCUCUUGGCCGCUACUCAUUUUGAUCGCAUAUGUUGUGAUUUCCGUCGCUCGGGCUCGCAGCUCAAGCAGCGGCCCUGCCACUCCUCCACAUGGCACAGUGAUCAAUGUUGAGAGUCAACAAGCGUUCAAAGAACUAACCGCCUCCGGUCCCGUCGUCGUCGAUUUCUUCGCCACAUGGUGCGUUCCUUGCAGAGUCAUUGCCCCCAAAAUCGGCGAAUUCAGCAAAACCUAUACGAAUGUGCGCUUCCUCCAAGUGGACGUUGAUAAACAGCAGCAGAUUACACAGGACCUAGGUGUUACUGCCAUGCCGACUUUUAUUUUGUUCAAUAAUGGCAAACAGCUUCCGGAUCGCAUUCAAGGCGCAAACAUUAGGGCUUUGGAGAAUGCUAUCAAGCAGAUUGCUUAG